AUGGCAGGAAUAGACGGCGAUCCUGAUUUCGUUUCCAUCCAUGAAUACUAUGCCUAUAAAUUGCAAAUGAGAAAUGAUGAUGAAUCUUUCUUAUUGCACUUUGGUAGGCUAUUUCAGCAAUAUGUUGUUGAUAUGUAUGUUAAACUUGAAUCACAAAGAUUAGAUUAUUUGAGAACCCAGCAAGAAGAAUUUAGAAAAGAGUUCUUACAAGGUAUAGUAAACUCAAUAGGUACUGGUGAAGUCCGGGCAGCAAAUGUCGGUCAAAGAGUAUUUUUACCAGCUAGCUUUAUUGGAGGACCAAGAAAUAUGAGAAGAAGAUACAUAGAUGCAAUGACUUUGGUCCAAAAAUUUGGCAAGCCGGAUAUAUUCUUGACCAUGACUUGCAAUCCUAAUUGGCUAGAAAUAAAAGAACAUUUGUUGCCAACAGAGGAAGCCCAAAAUCGACCAGAUUUGGUUGUAAGGGUCUUUUGUGCUAAACUAGAAGAAUUAAAGAAUGAGCUUUUGAAGAAAAAUAUUUUUGGAGAAGUGGUAGCAUAUACAUAUGUGAUAGAAUUUCAAAAAAGAGGCCUGCCACAUGUUCAUUUUCUUUUAAUGUUAAAGCCUCAGCACAAAAUGUUCAUCCCUGAUGAAUAUGAUAAAAUUGUCAGUGUAGAAAUUCCAGAUAAAAUAAAAUAUCCACACCUGUACAGAAUGGUUAAAAAACACAUGAUGCACAACCCUUGUGGUGUGUUGAACCCAUCAAAUGUUUGCAUGACUAAGCAUGGUUGCUGCAAAAAUUCUUAUCCAAAAGAGUUUUCUGAGCAAACAAUUCAGACACUAGAUUCCUAUCCAAAAUAUCGAAGAAGAAACAAUGGUGUUAAAAUUAAAGUCAGAAAACAAAAGUUUGAUAAUAGAUGGGUCGUUCCUCAUAAUGCAUAUUUACUUGCUAAGUUCAAUUGCCACAUUAAUGUUGAGAUCUGCUCAACAAUUCAGGCUGUCAAAUAUAUUUACAAGUAUAUAUGCAAAGGGCAUGAUCGAAUCAGUUUCCUUAUCAAUUCUGAUAAUCCAAACAAUCAGAUUGAUGAAAUUCAGCAAUAUCAGGCAGCUCAGUGGGUUUCGCAGCCUGAGGCUGUUUGGAGACUAUUUCGAUUUUCCAUGGGAGAAAUUAAACCGGCUAUCAUUCACCUACAAUCGCAUCUUCCAAAUUUUCAGCCAAUUCACUUCAAGAAACAUGAAACUUUAAAUAACAUAGUCAAAAACCCAAGAAAUAAGAAGACAAUGUUGACUGAAUUUUUCUAUAUGAAUAGAACAGAUUCAGUUGCACAAGAACUAAAUUGCACAUAUGCUCAAUUUCUAGACCAUUUUGUCUGGUUAGCUGAUGAAAAACGUUGGGAAAUUAGAGAUAAGGGAGAUUCUAUAGGUCGAAUAAAUACAGCUCAUCCAUCUGAGGGAGAAAGAUAUUACCUUAGACUUCUUUUGUCUAAAGUCCGUGCUCCAAAGUCUUUUGAAGACUUAAUAACUCAUAAUGGAGUGCAAGUUACCACCUUUCGUGAGGCGGUGCUUUUGCGUGGCCUACUUGAGGAUGAUAACAGCCAGGAAAUUUGUCUCCAAGAAGCGUCUCUUUUUCAUAUGCCUUAUGAAAUGAGACGACUUUUUGCUACGCUAUUAGUUUAUUCCUGUCCUAAUGACCCCAAACAGCCAUGGACAAAAUUUGAGGCUGUCAUGUCCGAAGAUUUCAUGAGAAAUACUGAAUUGUCUGCUAGAGAAAUCAAACGAAAAGUUUUAGAGUAA